AUGGACCGGAUGACAGACCGCACAGUGCUCAAAGGACCUGAGGAGGCCCGAUGGUACGAGAUCAAGGACCUGCUCAACCACGCCUUCUUUGCAGAGGACACGGGCGUGAGUGUGGAGCUGGCUGAGGAGGACCACGGCAGGAAGUCCACCAUUGCCCUGAGGCUAUGGGUCGAGGACUCCAAAAAGCUGAAGGGCAAACCCAAGGACUAUGGGGCCAUUGAGUUUACCUUUGACCUGAAGCGGGAGACACCAGAUGAUGUGGCACAGGAGAUGGUCGAGUCUGGCUUCUUCCACGAGAGCGAUGUGAAGAUAGUGGCCAAGUCCAUCCGCGACCGCGUGGCCUUGAUCCAGUGGCGGCGGGAGAGGAUCUGGCCGGCGCUGCAGCCGCAGGAGCCGCCGGACCCGGGCAGCCCCGACAAGGCCAGGGGCCUGCACGUGCCCCUGCAGGUCCAGGUGACCUACCGUGCGCAGGCCGGGCCCCCGGAGCCCGAGGAGCCCGAGGCGGAUCAGCACCUCCUCCCCACCUUUGUCUACAUUGCGAGUGGCCACUCUGCUGACAGCCUGAGAGGGGCCCCAUGGGAACAGCUUGGUGGUCAGAGGGCCCCCGUGUCCUGCUGGUGUAGCUUUGGGGUCUGGAAACAAUGCACCGGGAGUGCCCUUUUAAAAGGUCUUGCUGUUCACCUGUUGCUGGCACAGCCACGGUCACCUAUGUGGCAGCUCGUCCCCUGGGCAGUCUCGCUGCCGUGCGGGGCUGAGUGGGGGCAGGCGGGGAGCCCGGGGCCCUCUCAUGGCGUCCGGCGGGCGGAGCGUCCCUGCGUGGCCCACACCGGGGUCCCCCGGGCCUCGUGUGGAAUGCUGUGGGGUGCCGGGGAACCCGCUCUGAGCCGUGCCUUUGCCUCCGCAGCGGACAGCACCUUUGACAGCGGCCAGGGCUCCACCGUAUACUCGGACUCGCAGAGCAGCCAGCAGAGUGUGGUGCUGGGCUCGCUGGCGGACGCGGCCCCGCUCGCCGCCCAGAGCGUGUGCAGCCCCCCGGUCAGCGCAGGCGAGGGGCCUGUCCUGUCGCACAGCCUGCCCUCGCUGGGGGCCCACCAGCAGCCUGCCACGCCUGGCCUGUCGGUGGGCUCCGUUCCACCUCCCACCCGUACCUCGCUCCCGCCGCAGCAUUUCCCAGAGCCUGCCACCAGCUUUGCCCCUGUGCUGACUGGCCCCGCCUUGCCUAUGCCCUCGGGACACCAGAGAAGCCCCUUCUCCCUGCAGCCUCCUCCACUGGCCCAGCCAGCACCCCUGCCACAGGUCCUGGCCCUAAAGCCUGCGGGCCCUCUUCAGCCGGUGCCCCCACACCUGCCUCCAUACCUGCCUCCCACCUCCCAGGUGGCCCCAGUGCCGCCGAAGCCCGUCCAGAUGCCGCCAGCGCCCCUGCAGCCACUCACCCAGGUCCCUCCACAGGGACACCUCAGCACCGCACCCCACAUGCGCUGCCCGCGGGGACGGGGAGCGCCCGCUGUGCCAGGAUGCCCAGGGCCCUCAGGGGUGGCGCUGGCACCUCAGCCUGCUGCCCGUCUUCUGUGCCCGCAGAUCCUGCUGGGCCACCCGCCUCCCUACACUGUGGACGUUUCUGCCCAGGUGCCCACGGUGCCCGCUCCUGCCGCCGUCCUCUCCCCACCUCCGCCCGAAGUGCUGCCGCCCACCGCCCCCGAGCUCCCACCUCAGCCCCCCAGUUCCCUGGCCCCCACGGUGCUGGCUGCUCCUCAGGGCUGGCCUGUCCAGACUGCCGCGUUGCCUCCUGCUAGCCUGCCGCUGCCCAGGGGGCCUGGGGCCUCCAGCCCCUGCCCAGCCGUCCAGCUGACUGUGGAGUUGGCUCCGGAGGAGCAGGCCUCCCAGGACAAGCAGCCUGGCACCCUGCAGAGCUGUGAGAGCUACGGAGGGUCUGAUGCCACUUCCGGAAGGGAGCUGAGUGACAGCUGCGAAGGCACCUUCGGGGGCGGGAAGCUGGACGGCAAGCCUGCCCGGAGACACCACCGCCGGUCCACGCGCACACGCUCCCGCCAGGAGAGGGCCAGCCGACCCCGGCUGACCAUCCUGAAUGUGUGCAACAUGGGCGACAAGAUGGUGGAGUGCCAACUGGAGACGCACAACCACAAAAUGGUCACAUUCAAGUUCGACCUGGACGGGGAUGCGCCCGACGAGAUUGCCACCUACAUGGUGGAGCACGACUUCAUCCUGCCGGCCGAGCGGGAAACGUUCAUUGAGCAGAUGAAGGACGUCAUGGACAAGGCGGAGGACAUGCUCAGUGAGGACACGGACGUGGACCAUGGCUCCGACACUGGGGCCAGCCCGCCGCCCCUGAGCACCUGCAGCCUGGGUGCCGGAGAGGAGAGUCGCCAGUCCCAAGCAAAUGCCCCAGUGUAUCAACAGAACGUCCUGCACACCGGGAAGAGGUGGUUCAUCAUCUGUCCAGUGGCUGAACACCCAGCUGCAGAGGCCCCCGAAUCCUCGCCCCCACUUCCUCCGAGCUCCCUGAAGCCCGAAGUCGGCCCAGGUAGGAACAGCCAGAGCGCCAGUCCUGCUGCCUGGCUACAGCGUGGCUCUGACCCGGGCAUCGCCUGGCGUGACUCGUGCUCACGGCUCGCCGGCCGGGGCUGUGUGCCCAGCUAUGGGCAAGGGACGGGCGCGCACUGUUACCCUGAGGCCCAGAGCCGCCUGGAGGCGGGCUGUGUUCCUCCCCGGACGUCUGCCCAGUGA